AUGGUUGAUGGUCGAGGUAUUAAAAUACAAAAUGGUGGAAAAAAUACAGUCUAUUCUGCUAUUGAGAAACAGUUAUCUCUCUAUCCUUGUAUUAAUAUGGAUGCUAUUAUUCAUGGGUUGAAAGAUUUUUCAAAUGCUAUGGAUAGUCUUUUGCCCUGUAAAAAAUUUAAGAUGGUUCGUAAAUUACAAAGAUUAUAUGAAAAAUCAGAUAAAAAUAUUAUUACGGCAUAUAAAAUACCACGAAAGAUGAAAUAUGAAUACUCAUUUGAAAGAAAGAAUGCUUGUUUUUUACUUUCUCAAAUGGCAAAAUGUUUUGAACCAUUUGAUGAGAAGAGGAUUCUGGGGUUCUUGGAUUUUUCUAUUUAUUCAGGAAAUGUGAUUGAAACAUUGAUACGCUAUUAUCUUUAUAGAAUAUAUUUUUUUGAUAAAAGAAAACAAGGCUUGGUGCUUUUGCAGAAUUUUUUGCAAACACUUGUUAAUUUUGAUUUAAAAAAAAGGUUGAUGGGAAUUUCUGCUAUUAUCAUUAUGAAAUUAGAAGCUCGAUAUUCAUACGAAAAUCCAGAAAUCUUGUUUGCUAUAAUGUUUGCAAAAAAAUCCUAUUCAAUUGAUAUAUAUAAUAUAGUUAGAAUUUAUUUAUUAAAAAUUUACUGUAUGCAGGGUAGAUUGAAAAAGGCUAUACAUAUACUUGGAGAGAUGGUUAAGAACUGUCAAAUUCCUCCUUUUUCAGUCAUAAAUCUCGUAUUGAGGGUUGCGUUGAAGAAAACUGCCUUAGAUGAAGAUAUAAAGAGAAGGGAAUCUUAUCUUAUGUUUUUCUAUAGUAAGAUAUUUUUUAAUUUGUAUCUGAAUCAUGAGACUAUUAAAAUACUUGCGAAUUAUUCUUUAACAUAUUAUGAAUUUGAUAAAUUAUGGAGUUUUAUUAUUAAACAUCCUCAUAAGAAUAAAAUAAUAGAACAAUGUCAAAUUGAGAUCGCUUCAGCUUUUUUAAGACUUGGAAGGAAGUAUAAAUUUCAUUUAGAUCUAAAUAUUCAUUUAAGUGCUAAUACUAUGAAUUUUUUUCAAUAUCUUACACAAAAUAUUACAAAAUUACAUAAAAAUUCGAUCAUUUGUUUAAUUUUAUGUUUUUCUUUAUUUGAUAAUUUUAUUGGUCUUAAGAAGUGUUUUGAAAUUUUAAGACAUAAUUGUUGGAAAUUGUCUGAAAAACAUUAUUCUGUAUUAUAUAGACAAGCUUUUGAAUUGAAUCUUAGAAAUUCCAAAACUUAUAGAUAUGAUUUUAUUAAAUAUUUAUGGAGUCAAGGUCAACAAGAAACAUUGUCUUUGGAAAAAAUAAAUGAUAAUAAGCAUUCGAUGAUUGAAUAUGUCCGGUGUAUGGGGAGUUUUAAUGACGUACAAGAGAUUUAUUAUAUUUUAGAAAAAAAGAAAGGGACAUUUGUCGAGAAGGGAACAAUUAUAGGAUUUAUAGAAGCUUUUAUGUUUGCAAAUGCACAUUUAGAAAGUCUUUCAUUAUUAAAAUCUUUAUCAGAUUUCAAGAUAGUUAUAGAUUUAGACAUAGUAAGGUGUCUUUUUAAUAAUAUUCGGACGAUAAAUAUUUGGAAUGAUGUAUUAAGUAUCGUUUCUAUAGAAUUGGCUCGAAAUAGGCUUAUAGUACCACCCGACUUCUUUGCAAAAUCAUGGGAAAAAGUUAUGAAUAAACAAUAUUUUAAGAAAUCGAUUAUAUUAAAGGAUUAUAUAGUAUUUAUUAAGUACCUAAUUGGAAUAUAUACAGAAGAAUUGAAUAAAAUUACAGAAGAAUUGAAAAAUAAUAGAGAUGUUGAAAUUGCUUUGAAAAAGUUUGAAAUAAUAAAUCAUUUAUAA